GUUACUAAUUCUCCGAUCGCGUUGCGACGAACUCGAAACGCGACGAGCUGAACCCUCAAGACUUCUGUCCAACUACAUAGCAUGUAAUCAUUCAAUCAUUCAAUCAACUAGUCCACCAACUAUCAUAGAACAAACUGCUACAAACGCACCUUGCACCUCGAUACCCCACGAGGAGUACAACCAAUUAGCCACCAAGUGUGAUGUCACACUUUUACACAGGAUGCCUUCGAUCCUCAGCCUUCCUGUCGAGUUGGUUUCGCACGUAAUCGACGACCUAGAUGUCCAUGAUAUAUCUGCCUUCUCUAGAUCCUGCCGCGCUCUCCAUUACAUAACCACCCCCCUCCUUUAUGAUGUUGCGAAGAAUGUAGCCUGGGUUAUGUGCUGGGCUGUUGACCAAGGCCGUCAGAAAACACUUGAACACCUCCUUGCAGCCGGGGCCAAUCCAAACAUUGCUUGGGCCCAGCCCUGUACCAGAUCAGAAACUCUUCGAUUUAUUUGUGGUGACAAUCCUCCCACGCCCACCUUAGAAACGAGUUUCCUUUAUGGUGCCGAACUAUCUAAUUUCGGUGCAUUGCCGCCUGACUUCCCACCCUACCAUGAGGGUGAAUUCGAACCCGAUAACUCUGACUACGAGGAGGAGGGUAUGGUUUUCGGAUUUGGAAUGUCGGGCUUGGAUUAUUCAGAUGAUCUUGACAGUCAAUACUAUUGGACACCUCUUCACAUUGCCGCGCGAUGGGGUAAUAAUGAAAUGAUCGACCUUCUGUUAAAGUAUGGCGCCGACAUCCAUUCCCUGUCCAGAGGAUUUUGCGACUGCAUUCUACCCCAAAAGGACUCACACGUAUCUCUUAACACUGACACAAGCACCGGAGUCAACCCUAUCUGGAUGCCUCUACACACCGCUAUUUGCCAUGGCCACGAAUCGACGGUGCGCCUGUUGAUUUCCCGAGGUGCUUCUGUCAAUAUCUCGCCGAGACUAUUAGGAUCCGAUUCUCGUCAUGUCACUGCUCUACAUAGUGCUUGCUAUUCCGAUAUGAGUUCCAUUUCUAGUUUUCUCAUAAACAAGGGGUAUCAGACCGAUGUUGACAUCGAGGACCAUGCUGGUGCCUCGCCUAUAAGUUAUGCCUACUUCACCGGCAGCUGGGCCUCGAUCGAUUUCCUAGUCGAGUCAGGCGCUUCAUUGAAUGCUCGUCUCGGAAAUAUGACUCUCCUGAAACAUGCCUGUUACGGGGGCCGUUUUGCCGAAGCUCUUCGAUUUAUUGAAUUAGGCGCGGACGUCGCCUCGUCCCUUGAGCCUUCAGAUGAUACCGACCCAAUACUACACUGCUGUUGCACGCCUCAAGUUCGGACCCUGAAGCGCGAAUCUGACCAAGAACAUUUCAGGGGGGAAAUCUUCCGAACUCUUGUAAAACAUGGUGCGAAUUUGGAAGAAAGGGACAGUAAUGCAAUGACUCCACUGAUGAAAGCGGCUCUUUUCAACGAUGAUGAAGCCGUCGAAGCUCUUCUUGCAGAGGGCGCUGAUAUUAACGCGGAAGACGACUCGGGGAAGAACGCCUUAUUGAAAGCCUGUAGACCAAUAGGGCUAACAAGUCCGAAGGGGGCGAUGCUACGCACAGUGAGGGCACUGCUUUCUCACAUGCCACCCAAUAUAGACACAUUUGAUGCCCUUGCGGCACUCUGUGAAUCUCGCAGGCAUAGCAAAGACAAAGUUGAUGUAGUACGAAGGCUCAUUUGGCAUGGGGGUCCCCCCAGUCUCGAUUCUAUUGGAGGGCAAGGGCAAUUACUACUUACGAAGGGGAUGAGAUCGGCUAAUUUUGACCUUUGCGAUGUAUUGUUUGAGACCGGAUUAAGAACGCCGAAUUCAUUAGAACUUGACAUCAUGGUCAAGUGGUUGAUGGAAAUAGAUAACGCUCGUGCUCUCGAGUAUAUCACGAAGUUCCAGGAUACGAGUAAAGUCUUGAAGGGCGCACGGAUAGUCUUUGACGCGAUUCAGGCAGGUGCCUCUAGUUGCGCCAUAUUCUUGAUUGGAGCCGGGGCACCGACGGACUACCACACCGACGACGGGGAGAGUUGUUUGAUAGAGGCCUGUAAACUGAGGGACACGGCUGUAGCUGAGCUCCUACUUGAAUGGAACGGAGUCUCCCCGAACGAGUGUUUCGGCGGAAGCCUCCCCUUGACACACCCCGUCUUGAACGAGAACAUACCUAUGAUCAAGACACUCUUAGAAUAUGGUGCAGUCAUGCAUAGGCACCCUAACGGUACUAGAAUCAACGGACGGGUGUUUGGCCCCCUUGAUCUAGCAAUUUUCUGCGGGCUGGAGGAGGCUGUGGAAGCGUUUGUUAAUCACGAAAGCUUUUUCGACUCAACUGAAGAGGAGCGCAACGCUCAUCUCCAAACAGCCUGUUGUGUAGAUGGGGCUGCGUUUGUUGAGGGUAACAUACUUGACAUUCUACUGACCACAGGCAAUCUAAACCCAGACACGAUUUUCCCAGGAGUGAAUGCCACGCCGUUGCAUCUCUCCUUGGAACGGGAAAACCUGGAGGCAGUUAUUUGCUUGGUUAGUGCUGGCGCCAACAUUCAUCAGUAUAUUCCCCCAGCUAGUUCUUCACUUGUCGCGACGGCCCCAAACCCAUUUGAAGGGUCAACGCCGUUGCAAUGGGCCAUUGAGAAUGCUUCCAAUUUCUCAUUUAUCGAAGAAUUACUAGUAGAUCCGAUUGAUGCAGGGUAUCCCGAAGCGCCUUUAUUGAGCUACGUUCGGGCGGCCUGUCGCCGACACAAUCCCGAGAUGAUGAAGCUACUACUUGAUGCUGGCCUUGACCCUAAUACUUCCGACGAGGCGAACAAUUCCUUUUUGAGCAUUUUCUGUCAAGCGAUUGACACCAUUUUGUCCAGUGAAGAUCCGGGUUGGUCCGCAUCUGAAAUCGCCGCCAUGUCAGCCAAAUGUGUUGUUACACUACUUGAUCAUGGUGCCGACCCUCAUCGAAGGAACGCCGAAGGCAUUUCUGCCCUGGACCGUGUGCGCCAAAUAAUAGCCUAUGACGGGUCAUCCGAAUUCCAUCAAGUGCUUGCUAAAUCAUGGAAUGAGGCUUUGAUCCUUGAUGAAGUAGGAAUUCGCGAGAGAUAGGUACAGACUGUACAGUAGCCUUAAUCAGGAAGAGGAAUUUGGGUACAAGACUUUGAAAAAAAAAAAGGGGGAAAUGUCUUUGGUUCUAGUUUUACGUAGAUACUACUCAUGAUUUCUAUGACCAAAUUCAUAUUAUAUCAUCCUUUUCUACUGAAUAGUACAAGGUAGAUCGUAGGCCUCCAUGUGACGACCUACUACAUAUAAGGUACCUACAUAUUUAC